CAAGCCAUUACUCCCCUUCUUCCUCUCUCUUUCAUCAGCCCCUCUGUUUAUAUCUCUCUCCCACAUUUCACCUUUCAAAAUCUACUCUUUACCAAACUCCAACAUAUUGUAUUUCCCAUUCAACGUUCUUUUAUCCAUAUGACCUGCAUCCGCUCUGCUGCGAUUUAAUUAUUUCCCCUUGUCCAUUAGCUUCCACGUUAUUAUAUCCUUGUACUGAAGCCAACCGCCAUCAUUUCUACCUCGAUUUAAGUCUGUUGUCGCCCUGCCUUCCUUGUUUCAUUGAAGGAAUCAGUGCUUAAGAGUCUCCGAAGGUAUUGCUUUCAAUCAUCUGGCUAGUAGAGAGGCUCAGAACGACGUAUUCGCAGUCAAUACUUACCAUGAUUUCCGUUGCCUCACCCGAUGUCCAUCCUCAUGAGGCCUCCCCGCCUGCGGCGGUGCCGCCGCGGCCGUCGCAAGCAGAAAAUAUUAUCUUUCGGUCAAGGCUCCCCGACAUUCCCAUCCACAACAACCAGCCCCUCCACACCUACUGCUUCGAGAAGCUUGUAGAGUUCGCCGACAAUCCUUGCCUCAUUGCCGGGCCAACCGGCCAAACUUACAGCUUUGCCGAGACCCACCUCCUAUGCCGCCGCGUAGCUGCAGGCCUCGCCGACAUCGGCAUCAAGCAAGGCGACGUGAUCUUCCUUCUCCUCCAAAACUGCCCACAGUUCGUCUUCACCUUCAUCGCCGCCUCUUUCCUCGGCGCGGCCGCGACCGCUGCUAAUCCUUUCUGUACUUCGGCGGAAAUCCAUAAACAAUUCACUUCCUCCGGAGCGAAGGCCGUCAUCACGCAGUCCAUGUACGUGGACAAACUCCGUAGCUGGGAGGAAUUCCAAGCCGGACUCGUCGUUAUCACCGUCGACGAUCCCGCGGCAGGCUGUUUACCCUUCUCCGUUCUCUCCUCCGGGGACGAGGCAGCGGUUCCGGAAAUAUCGAUCGACGCCGAAGACACGGUUGCCCUGCCGUUCUCUUCGGGCACGACGGGGUUUCCAAAAGGUGUAGAACUGACGCAUCGGAGCUUGAUAUCAAGUAUCGCGCAGCAGGUCGACGGAGAAAACCCGAACCUUUAUCUGAAAACCAGCGACGUGGUGCUCUGCGUGCUUCCCCUGUUUCACAUAUUUUCACUCAACUCUGUUUUGCUCUGCUCGCUGAGGGCUGGAGCGGCCGUGCUGAUAAUGCCGAAGUUUGAGAUUGGGACGAUGCUGGGAUAUAUUGAGAGGUAUAAGGUGACGAUGGCGGCUGUGGUGCCACCAUUAGUGCUGGCUCUGGCGAAGAACCCGGUGGUGGAGAACUACAAUUUGAGCUCGAUAAGGAUCGUUAUCUCCGGCGCGGCGCCACUCGGCAAGGAGCUUGAGGCCGCCCUUAGUUGCCGGCUGCCGCAUGCGAUCCUCGGACAGGGCUAUGGCAUGACUGAGGCUGGGCCAGUGCUAUCCAUGUGCCCGGCAUUCGCCAAGCAACCGACCGUGGCCAAAUCCGGAAGCUGCGGCACGGUUGUCCGCAAUGCCGAGCUGAAGGUUAUCGAUCUAGAGACCGGCUUCUCGCUCAACCGUAACAAGGCUGGCGAGAUAUGCAUCCGUGGGGAUCAGAUCAUGAAAGGUUAUCUUAAUGAUCCUGAAGCUACAUUGGCGACUAUUGAUGUGGAGGGGUGGCUUCACACGGGGGAUGUUGGCUAUGUAGAUGAUGAUGAUGAAGUGUACAUUGUCGAUAGAGUGAAAGAGCUCAUCAAGUUUAAAGGCUUUCAGGUUCCUCCGGCUGAGCUCGAAGCACUUCUAGUAAGCCAUCCUUGUAUUGCUGACGCUGCUGUUGUCCCACAAAAGGAUGAAGCUGCUGGCGAGGUUCCAGUUGCCUUCAUUGCUCGAUCUACUGACAAUAUUGAACUCACUGAGGAUGAAGUAAAAGAGUUCAUAGCAAAGCAGGUGGUGUUCUACAAGAGAUUGCACAAGGUGUAUUUUGUCCAUGCAAUACCAAAAUCUCCUGCAGGGAAGAUUAUGAGGAAGGAACUGAGAGCCAAAUUGGCUAAUGCUGGAGCUUAGUAGGGAUCUCCUCAAUAAGAGAGUCCAAAAGCUCAGAGAGUGGUUACCACUGACUGUUGAGUCCAUGCAUUGAUUAAGAAGUUAAUUUAAAUAAAAAUAAUUAGGCAAUAAAGUCAAGAAAUUCCAUUGAAAGUGGUAUGAAGCUAUUUGGUGAUGUUAUAGUGUUUCUUUAUCAUGAAACUUAAUGAUAUAAUGUGGUGCUAUGAAAUUUAUAAAUGUUGAUGCUCUUGCUGUUAAUCUGAGUGGUAAUACAAGAUAAAUUAGCUUUUGAGCGGUCAUCUAC